UCGGAUCCCACUUAUCCCCUGGCAGACUGAUCCCUUUCUGAGUGAUAUAAUUCCACCCAUGCACAGGUUGUGCUUCCACAGGCAUGUACUUGAAUUGCUUGGAGGAAGGAGUUGACUGCCUCAAGGCUCUAUUGUCUCUGCAAGCCUUGUAGACACCACAGAGGGAGAUGGCCAGGAGCUCACAAGCCCAAAGGUGCUUUUGCAAAGCAAGUAGUCAAACUGUUUCCUGGAACACUGCAUCAGCCACUUCUUCUACUGACUGAGACGCCCUAGACAACUGCAGUGUCAUUGCUGAACUGUCUCUUCCUCCUGAAAGCCACCUAACCUCUUCUGUCCCAUCAGCUCUGCCUCUAUCUGCAAGUUUGAAUGAAUUUGUAUCCAUGUGGCUUCUGUCCGGGAAGGCUGCAGCUCAGCUGGUGAAGCACAGCUCCUCUCCCUGAGAAGGGUGGUCAGCCAAAGUAUGGAGACUUCUUCCCAAGUCUUUAGCGCCACCAGCUUUCAUCCUGUCACAAACGCCAGCACAGAAUGCAAGCCACAGGUGCUGCCCCAUGUCAUCCCCAUCCUGCUGAGCAUCCUCUUCUUGGCUUGCCUUGUUCUGAACAGCGCCAGUCUGUGGAUAUUCUGGUUCCAUAUCAAGCAGUGGAAUUCUGGCAUGAUCCUUCAGUUCAACCUAGUCUUAAUGGAUGCCCUCCUUAUUCCCAUUGUGCCGAUGAUGGUGGCCUAUUUCAUCCUGGGCAACAGCUGGCAAUUUGGUCAGUUCCUCUGCCAGCUCAAAGUCUUCAUCCUCAGCACCCACUUGUAUGGCAGCAUCUACUUCCUGACGCUCAUCAGCAUUCACAGGUACCUUGCUGUCGUUCACUAUAGCACCAGGACCCUUUGGAAGAAGAAGUCCUUCAUGAAGAAACUCAGCUUGUUUGUAUGGUUUCUCCUAUGCAUCCAAGGGCUGCCCUUAUUCAUCAUCCUCAAGACUUCAUUACUCAAUGGCUCUAUGAAAUGCCUGAGUAUCCAUCAGUCGGAGUUCUCCUCUCUUUACUUGUACUACAAUAUUUUUCAGGUGACGGUCAACUUCCUCCUCCCCUUUGGCAUCUCCUUGACCUGCUAUGCCUUGCUGGGAGCUACCAUUGCUAAAAUGAACAGUAAGAGCCUCCGGGGCAGGGUGAUGAAAACAAAGUCCUUACAGAUGAUAAUGGUGUCCCUGGCUAUCUUUGUCAUCUGCUUUGUGCCACUGCAUGUGAGCAGGACUGUGGGAGUGAUUGUAAAGUAUUACAACAUGUCCUGUGAGCGCCUGCACCAGGUGGAAAUGGCAUAUUAUGCCUCUUGGCUUUUCACCAUGGUGAACUGCUGUCUCAAUCCCUUGAUCUACAGCUUUGCUAGUGAGAAGUUUAAUGAGUCCUUCUCAAAAUCCCUGAGAAAAUUCCAGUUCUUAAAGUGAAUUUGCAGGAUUCAAGGCCCAUUCUAGCACUUCCUGGGGGACCAGUCAGAGGUGCUGUAAAUUCUAGAAGCCAGAUCUUUAGCAGUGCCAGAACUCUGCUCGACAUGGUUGGGAGACAGCAAAUGUGGCUCUAAAGGUGUGUCUUCCCUGCAGUGAUGGGGAAUGAUUGCAGCUCAUCGAGAUACAUCCAAGCUAGAUUUAAUCUAGAUAGCUUGGGUCCCAGAGAAGUGAAGCUGUGGCAGUGCCCACUUCAGUGUAUGUUGUGCAAGACCACCUGGAACUCUAACUACUCGUUGGGGUAGUCCAUGCUGAAGUGUACCCUACUGCUCCUUCAUUGUUCCUGUGCUUGAGCUAGCUAGAUUAAAGCUAGCUAAGGUAUAUCUACAUGAGCUGGAAUCCUACCCUAUGAUUGCACUGUAGACAUACCCUGAUCCUCAGAGCUGCUGGGUGCCAGUUCAUCCCCUGGCAUAAUUUAGAGCAUCCUCAGGACUGCUCUAAGGUCUACCAGCUGUAAUGGUCUCCAAGGAGUCUUUCCUGUAACCAGGGGAUCACUGGAGUGUAAGGGUCCUCUUGCCAUAUGCUUUUCCCAGUCAACUCCCACUAAAUUAACCACUGUAAGAGGAAAUCCUCAGGUAGCUGGGUCUGCCAACUUUUGUUUUCCUUGGUGCUGUUGGAAUGGCCCAGCACAGCUACAGGGGGGUUAAUGAUCUGGACUUAAGGCUUUAAACCAAAAGACAGUUUUUCACUGUCAGCAAACCCAGUGAAAAACCCAUUUCUGCAAAAGAGCAAAACAUGCUGAACCCUUGUCUUCCAUGCAAAUCAUAAUGCAGUUUCUCACCAGGAGAAAAAAUGUCUCUGAAGGUAAUGAGCAAUGCAAGGUGCAGGAUGGGCUUGUGAACCCAGCACCAAAGCAUAUAGGGAAAGAGAACCUUCUUCCAGAUGGACAGCCUAUC